CUAUUUAUGCCUCCACGCAUGAGCCUCUUGGCACAGCAUCCAUCUUCGUUCUCCCAAACGCAUCCCACAGAGAAGAGAGGCUAGGCUCAUGGAGAGAAGGCCUUCGGCUGCUAGAGGGCAACGCGCCUACGACAAUUUUGUUCCUUCGCAUGAAGUGGUUCGAGAAAAGGAUGCAGAGAUUUUUCUUAUCCAGCUUCCAGGGUUCAAGAAGGAGCACAUCAAGAUUCAGAUCAAUGACUAUGGCCAAUUAAAGAUCAGCGGGGAACGCCCUGUGGCUGACAACCGGUGGAGUCGCUUUCUGAAGGAGUUAAAGGUACCAGAUUACUGCAAUGUCAGCGAGAUCAAAGCUAAGUUUGAGGACGGGCUGCUUUACAUUAUAAAGCCGAUACUCGCCACCAAACCUGGCGCAGACGGAAUGGCCCCGGAGACUACUACAUUGGAUGGAAAAGCCACGAGGGAGAAGAAAGCCGAUGACGACAGUAAGAAUGGCGUAAGCCAGAAGACGAAGACGAAGCCGAAACGACAAGAGUCUGAUGGCGGCGUCAACAAGCAGUCAAACGAGAAGAAGGAAUCGCUUGAUGAUGCAGGCAAAGAUGUGCAGAAGGUCAGCGAGAAAGAGAGGGGUGGUCGAAUCGAAGGGCCGAAAUAUAGUGGAAAGGUCGCAGCUAAACAUGAAGGAGGAAGAAAUGGCGCACGAAUGACUGAAAGCAGGAAGGAGGAGGCAGUGACGCCCGAACUAACUCCAGCUGAGCGUGGAAACAUGAGGAGGAAUCUGACGAUUGUACGAGGAUUUUACACGCGCAAACAGCUCAUGUUGAAUGCAGCAUUAGCAGCAGCCAUUGUGAUCUUGGCGGGCGUAGUGUUGUUUUAUGUAACUCGUUAAAACAAAGGAAGUCAAUGCAGGUUGAUAGCCGUGAGGCUCUGUAGCUGCUCCAAUCUCAAGAUGUAGCAUUCAUGACAGGGUGGGUGCAAAUGAAAGAAAGUGUAGUAGAGGGUGGGUGAGUGAUUGUUUACGUGAAAUGGCCCCUAUGCAUUCACUCUCUUGGAAAACAUUUCUUCCAAAGAGACAUUUGGUGAAAUAAAAUGGCCCCUACGGGGAAUGG